UAAAUGCCUUUGUUCAAUUUUUAAAGUCCUUCCAGAUUUGGUCCUAGAUUCUUUCCAGGAUCAUUACACAUCAACUUCCUUCACACAAACUUCAUUUUAGACAAAAUGACCUGUUUAUUGCUCCAUAUAUAACAAUGAUCAUCCACUCUCCCAUCCGAUGCUUGGGAUUAUGUAUGUGUGUUGGGUAUCACAGUGCUACUUUCCAUAGGACUUUCCUAAACAUCACUCUCUCUUAGCUGAACACCGCUGAAAUAACUUUGUAUCAUCUUUGUAGUUUUCUGUAUAGAGUUUUUUUUUUUUUUUUGAGGGUGGAGACUAUUUCCUUUUAGUUAUAGCAGAAUCUGAUCCUCAGUAGGCAUUUACUAAAUGCUUACUAAAUGAGUCAAUGAAUUAUGCACUGGGAUCUAAUUUAUGUCCUACUGUGAGUCUUUUGUUAGCUCUCUGAAUGGUAAGUAGAUGCUAUGGGAUCAAAGAGGUUUCUGUUACUUUUCCCUUGAUUUCCCUAUAUUACUAUUUGAUACUUUUUUUUUUUUUUUUUGCCAAAUCACACUCUGAUGAUCUUUUAUGCUGUUUCCCCUAGAUAAAGCUUACUUUGUGAUGGGCUGUAACCUCACAUAUCCAUUUCCCGCUCUUGGAGGGACUCUCCAUUUGAAUUCUUAGGAGAAUAUUGUAUUCCAUGACAUUUUAUCUCACCUAUAUUAAAAAAAAAUAGGCUUUUGUUUCAGGAAGAAGCUAAGAUUCAUAUCCUUAAAUGUGCUGAAAAUUUAAUGUAGGGCACUUAAAAAAGUAACAAGAGCAAUGAAACUUGGGGAAAAAAACAGAUUCAGAAAGUAACAAGGAAAACAAGUCAGAUGAAACUUGAAGGAACUUUCCCAUUACUAUGUGCCUUGGAUGGAAAUAGCCAACAAUUUGCCUCUCAUGAUUGAGAGUCAUCAGCUCCGAGUCAGAGUGGAUGAGAUGCCCUUAUUAAGCUGUCACCUCCUGAAAGGUCAUCGAGAACAAUACUUGGCUCAUCUGUUGCUUAGUUUUAUAACUAUGGGAUAUGUCUGGCAGGAAGGAGAGAAGAACAUUCCUAAGGUUCUUCCAAGAAACUUGGCCCUUCCUUUUGUGGAAGUCUCUCGAACCUUGGGUCUACCUCCUAUACUGGUACACUCAGAUUUUGUCCUGUCAAACUGGAAGAAAAAGGAUCCAGAUGGACCUCUGGAAAUCAGGAACCUGGACAUCAUUGUCUCACUUCCUGGAGGUGAGAGUCUGAAGGGCUUUAUCCUGGUGACUCUUUUGGUGGAAAAGGCAGCAGUGCCUGGGAUUAAGGCGUUGACUCAAGCCAUAAAUGCAGUCCUUCAGUCCAGUGAAGAUGAGCUACUCCAGGCCUUGAAGCAAAUGAGAACAUCCAUUAUCGAGAUGAUCAAAGCUUUGAGACAAAUGCAUGAUUAUGUAGAUCCAGCCAUAUUUUAUGCAGUCAUCCGGAUCUUUCUCUCUGGCUGGAAGGAUAACCCAGCAAUUCCAGAGGGGCUGAUAUAUGAAGGAGUCUCAGAAGAGCCAUUGAAAUAUUCCGGAGGAAGUGCAGCUCAAAGCACAGUGUUUCAUGCAUUUGAUGAGUUAUUAGGUGUUUGUCAUAGCAAGGAAAGCACUGCUUUCUUGCACAGGAUGAGGGAGUACAUGCCUCCUUCCCACAGGGCUUUCAUAGAGGAAAUCCACUCUGCCCCUUCUCUGAGGGAGUACAUCUUGUCUUCUGGGAGCUGUCUGCUGCGUGAAGCUUAUAAUCAAUGUGUGAUGGCCCUGGCAGAGCUGAGGAGCUGUCACAUCAACAUUGUAGCCAAAUAUGUCCUCGCAGGGGCAACCAAGGCCAAAGAUGGGGGCCUGAGCCCCCUCCCAGGACCACCUCAGGCCCUGGCAGAGAGGGGAACAGGUGGAACAGCUGUCUUCAAUUUUCUGAAAAGUGUCAGGGACACAACCAUGGAAGGAAUCAUUAAACAAUGUGACUGAAUUUGCUUCAGCUUCUUAUAGUCCAAAGGAAAGAGGAAGAGGAAGAAUGUUCCUUUCCCCUUUUCAUUUCUUUUCCAGACCUUACACUUGCUUCAUGUCCCAUCUCCUCAAGUAGUUUGUCAGAAUUGGUGGGUAUAAUCAAAUAGAACUCUGUGUUUUGGGUUCCAUGUAAUAUCCUGUUCUCCUUUGUGAAGAGCCAUUGCUUAACAAAGAAAAAGAUUAGCAUUGUGCUUUGUCCAAGACAUUGCUCUGUCUGGGUAGUGCUUAAUUAAUAGCAAAUGAUUUUGGACACAUCCUCAUUUAUAUAUUUGUAGUGGACCAUGUCUGCUUUGUGCUAUCUGCAAGGUCAAUCUGUUCUCAGUCUUAGAUAAAUGCUAUGAUAAAAUGCUAUGAGAUUGCCUUGUUGACUAUUUCUUUACUAGAAAAAUCCAACAUUCAUUAAACAAACUUUCAAUGCCAUUACUGUGGUCUUUAAAAUCCUAAAAGAUAAAUUCCAAGCUGGUUCAUUUUUGUCUUUGUUUUUCCAACGCCUAUCACGGGGCUUUUCACAAAGAAGCUACUUAACAAAAGCUUGUACAAUUUUGAAUUAUUUCAACUUUGUCUUUUAUCCAGUAGUCAGCACAGUGCUCUUCACACAACAGGCAUUCUAUAGAAGUUUCUGAAUAAAUGAAUGAAUGAAUGCUGUAUACAAUAUCUUAUAGCUUUCAUUGGACAGAAUGCAAAAAACUCUCAGGACACAAUCCCUGAUCUCACAGAGCUUGCAACCUAGUGGAGAAACAAAGUAAACAACUUUCAUUUACAUACUGUUUAAAAGUUUGGAAAGCCAUUUAUGUAUACCCCAUUUUGGCUUCACAACAACCAUGGAAAAUCAGGUAUCACAUAUAAUAUUGUUUCUAUUUUACAAAUGAAGAAAUUAAGGAUCGAAGAGACCUACAUGUUGCCCACAGUUAAUAUUAAUGUCACAGUGAUAUUUGAGCCCAAAUUACUUCUGACUCUCAAUUUAAUGAUUUAUAUGCUAUGCCAUACUGACAUGUACAAAAAUCGCUAUAAUUAAGAACUAUGUCAUAUUGGACUCCCACCAAGAGGGAGGAGUACAGCUUGGUUAUUAUUAUUUGUGCUAUAACAAUUCAUUAUUUAAUUUUAUUUUUUUUUAACAACUCCAGGUUUGAGGAAUUCAAGAAACACUUGACUUGUAGGAGUUAAAAAUAAUGGUUCAGUACGUGGUUUGCAAGAAUAAUUAGGGAAAAUAGGCAGCUACAAAAUAGUAAGCUAGUGUGAGCUCCUAAUUCAUUCCUCUUUUGGUGGUCUCCUCAAUAAAAGUCUUGUGCCAGUU